AUGGGUCUGUGCGAGUCCACGCUGCCCCAGGUGGGCAGAGCUUUGAGGCCCCAGGAGAAGGAUAUUCUGAGGUAUCCCCUGAUCAUCUUUGUGGUGGGGGGGCCUGGCUGCGGGAAAGGGACCCAGUGCAGAAACAUGGCUAUGAAAUACGGCUUAAACCACGUGGAGCUGGGCCAGCUGCUGCGGGAGGAGGCUCAGAGAAACACUCAGAGGGGCCGGCAGAUCCGGGACAUCAUGCAGCAGGGACUCCUGGUACCCACGGUGGGCAGGGCCCCCAACAUAGUCAUAGUGUUUGACUGCUCCAUGGAGACCAUGGUGCGCAGAGUGCUGCGUCGAGGACGGGUGGAACACCGAGCAGACGACUCCGAGCGGGCCAUCCGCAAGCGCCUCGAGACGCACUACACCCUAUGUGAGCCCGUCCUGACCUUUUACCAGCAAAAGAACCUUCUGCGAUAUGUGGGUACCCAGAAGUGA